AUGACUAAAGAAAAAGUAGUUUUAGCCUAUUCCGGAGGCCUAGACACCAGCUGUAUAUUGAAAUGGUUGAUAAAUAAGGGCUUUGAAGUGAUUUGCUAUAUGGCUAAUAUCGGUCAGGAUGAAGAUUUUGCUGCGGCCGAAGAAAAAGCAUUAAAAAUUGGCGCCUCAAAAGUGGUAAUUGAGGAUAUAAGAGAAGACUUCAUUAAAAACUAUGUAUGGCCAGCAGUUAGUUAUGGUCUAGUUUAUGAGAAUAGGUACCUUCUAGGAACUUCUCUGGCUCGUCCAUGUAUUUCAGUUGGUUUAAUCAAUUGCGUUAAGCAAAAUAAUGCCAGUUAUGUAUCCCAUGGGGCAACAGGAAAAGGAAACGAUCAAGUUAGAUUUGAAUUGUCCUGUUAUACUUUACUUCCAGAUGUAAAGAUUAUUGCUCCUUGGCGCAUCAAAGAGUUUAUAGAAAAAUUCGAAGGCAGGCAGGAUUUAUUAAAAUUCGCCGCCGAAAACAAUAUUCCAGUUUCUGUGACUCCGAAAGCGCCAUGGAGCAUGGACGCGAAUUUGAUGCACAUCUCUUAUGAGUCUGGAAUUUUGGAGGAUCCAAAUCAGGAACCACCCAAGGAUUUAUUUUUGAUGAGUGCAGAUCCUAGAGAAGCUCCAAAGCAAGGAACUAGAUUAGAGAUUAGUUUUGUUAAAGGAUUUCCAGUUAGAUUGAUUGAUGAUGAAACUUCUUCCAUUUACAAUGAACCGUUGGAAAUUUUUUUGAAAUUAAAUGAAAUUGGAGGCAAACAUGGAGUGGGUCGUAUCGAUAUUGUGGAGAAUAGAUUUUUGGGACUUAAAUCGCGUGGGGUAUACGAAACACCUGGAGUGACGAUUCUUCAUCAUGCUCACACCGACUUGGAAGUUUUUUGUCUUGAUAAAGAAAUUUAUAGGGUGAAGCAAACUUUAAGAGACAAAUUGUCCGAUUAUGUUUAUAAUGGAUUUUGGUUUUCGCCAGAAGGACAAUAUACAAGGAAAUGUCUUGAUUUGGCUGCUGACACUGUAGAGGGAACUGUGAAACUGCAAAUAUACAAAGGAUCAGUGACCAUCUUAGGCCGCUCAUCAAAAUCCUCCCUCUACAAUGCUGAUUUAGUUUCCAUGGACAAACACUCUGGAUUCAGUCCAGAAGAUGCUACUGGCUUUAUCAAUAUUCACGCUAUAAGGCUUAAGGAAUAUCAUAGAGCAUUGAAUGAGUAG